AAAGGGGGAGGGAGGGAAUGAAAAGGCAAAAGGGGGCUUAACGGCAGCGUGAGGAUGAGGUUCUUUUGAAGAGGGGUAUUCGAAAAGGACCACUUCUGUAGAAUGUAGAAUCGGAUUUAGAGGGAAGGAGACACUGUAGUUUCUUUCCCCCCCGCGUCCGGUAUUGCCCGAUUGGAACAGCCCAAAGGAAAGCGUGGAAGAGUCCAACUAGCCGCCAAGGACAGGUAGAGGAGAGGAGUGGAAGGUUCCAUGAAGAGAAGGGGGUGAAGAAAGGGGCUGUGCCAUGGCGCAUGCGCCUUCCUGACCUGCCCGCCCUAUCUGAAGGCUCGUAAAGGAGAAAAAGGACAAAAGGAGGCCGCCGCUCCCUCCUCCCCUCUCCCUCUCUUUUCAGCUCUCCCCGGUUAUAACGCGCCACUUUUACCAGGGCCUCAUUUUAUGGAGCUUUGGCCCACAAGCCUCCUUUUCUGUUCUGGAGCCCUUUCCCAAGCAUUGCAGUUCUUUUCAAGGAAUUAAUUUUGAAGAGGUCCCCUCAUGGCAGGGGGCCAGGAUGCCCUCCUCCCUGCAGUGGAAGGGACUGAGGACCCAGGCAGCCCUGAGGGGGACCGACGCUCACCUACAAAACUGCUGGCACCAGCAACACCAGAUGAGCCUGCCGAUGCCUUGCCGGGUGCCCCUCUCCUGUGCCAGCGUGGUGGCAGCGCUGAUGCCAUUGCCCCUUCGCCACUCUCUGUGUCAAAGAUGGCUUUCCGUCGGGCCUACUCCAUCAAGGACAAACUGCAGGCCAUAGAGCGGGUGAAGAAAGGCGAGCGGCAGGCCUCCGUGUGCCGGGACUUUGGAGUGCCCGGGGGCACCCUUAGGGGCUGGCUUAAAGAUGAAAAUAAGCUGCGCUGGUUCCUGGACCAGCUGGGGGGCGAGGUGGGCACCCACCGCAAGAAGAUGCGCCUGGCUAAUGAGGAGGAGAUUGACCGCGCCGUCUACACUUGGUUCCUCACCCUGCGCCAACACGGUGUGCCGCUCUCUGGGCCUAUCAUUCAGGCCCAAGCAGAAGCCUUUGCGAGGCAGAUUUAUGGGCCUGAGUGCACCUUUAAGGCCAGCCACGGAUGGUUCUGGCGGUGGCAAAAGAGACACGGCAUCUCCAGUCAGCGCAUUUACGGUGAGGGAGGCAGCCUUGGUGCCACAGGUGAUACACCUGCCCUGAAAUAUGAAAUGGACACAAGUUCCCCCAGUUCAGCCUUCUCUGAUCCCGCUACAUCGCUGAUGUCACCACCUGCUGCUGCCCUGUCAGAUGGCGGAGGUUAUAGCGAUGACCAAAUCUAUAAUGCCAACAUCACUGGGCUUUAUUGGAAGCUACUGCCAGGCCAAGCCCGUUGUCCCCCACAAUCUCCCUUGUGUCGUCGGUUGGGAGUGAAAGACCGAGUCACAGUGCUGUUAGCUGCAAACCUGACAGGCACUCACAAACUGAAACCACUGGUGGUGGGAGGUGUGCAGGACCCACCCUGUCUCCGUCACCAUGAUCAGGAGAAGCUUCCGGCUUGCUAUCACUACAGUCCUGAGGCCCGGCUCAGGUCUAGCCUUCUCCGCAUUUGGUUCUUUGACACUUUUGUGCCGUGUGUGAAACAUUUUCUGCACCGUAACUGCCUCCAGCAGAAAGCUGUACUUCUACUUAGCUGUCCCACAUCCCCCGAGGAUCCGCACCAGCUUCAAACUCCAGAUGGAUCCAUCCGAGCCCUCCUUCUUUCCAAGUCAACUGGGGGCUCAUUGGGAGGGGGAGGCCGUAUUUCGACACCCCUGGAGCAGGGCGUGGUGUCAGCCUUCAAGCAGUUGUAUAAGCAGGAACUGUUGCGGUUGGCUGUGUCAUGCUUAGCGAAAGGAGAUGGUGCAGGGAUGUCUGGUGGGGAUGGCUCCGUGGACUUUGUUCGUUCCUUUCUCCUCAAGGAUAUGCUGUACCUAACUGGCCUUUCUUGGGAGCUUAUCCCACCUGGCUGCAUUGAGAAAUGCUGGCUACUUAGAUUACGAGCUGCCUAUGAACCCCGCUCUGGAGAAGAGGAAGAGCCGGAAGAGGCCCCUGCUGCUGUCGACAGCUUGGUCUUCAAUGACCUUGCACAUCUGGCUGCCCUUGCAUGCAAGUGCCUUGCUCCAGAAGAGAUGGCUGAGUGGCUUCACUUAGAUGACAUGGUCCCAGAGGAAGAGGAAGGCGAAGGGGAUGAGGGGUCUUCCGGCUGUGGAGAUGAGGAGGAAGAGAUGGUUGUGGCAGAUGUUGGAGGUAGCGGGAACGAGGGAGGCAGCUAUCCUCCAGUGCCUACCGGCCAGGAAGCAAUACAAGGCUUGCAGAAAGCCUUGCGCUGGCUAGAGAGCCAGGAUCCCCAGGAAGUUGGGACACUGAAGCUAGUACAGCUUCGGUCCUUCAUCAGCAUGGCCCAACGGCUGCAGCAGACAGCUGCCUCUGACUCUUGAGGACCAGAGCAGUCAAUUCUUGCACUUUCAUAAUUGGUGAAAGUGUUUUACUUUUAUGCAAUAAUGGGGGAUAAUGCUCUGAACCGAUAAUCACUGGGAGGUGCUAAUGCCACAUAAUCAGGGCAGCACAGGGUAAUUCCUUCCCCAUGGUGCUGGGGUCAGGUUGUGAAAGGGGCUUGACUUUACUCCAAUGAGCACCAUUAUUUGAGGGCACUUUGUUGCCUUUGUUUCCCAUGUAGGCGUGCGUGCUAAUCUCCGGUUUUAUGGGGUGUAAUUCUCUCCUGCACAGGGCCAGGGGGCUACAUGUGUGCCACUCUCAAGAUAAACUAAACCCCAAGUGAGGGAGGGAAGAGAACAAAAGCAUCCAGUGAUGGCUUGGACACUUGAAACAGACUCUCUAGAGAAGCUACUCCUAAAUUCCCAUGUUGAAAAUAAAGCGGGUUGCAGUUGCACAGAGGGACAUGGAUGUGCGGGAGGGUUGACUCUGCUCCCAAGUCAGUUUUGUUUGUUCCCCAUGGUGGAACCACAUGGACUUCAGUUACCUAUAAUUUUUGCAUGGUGGAAGUCUUUCUUUGAACUCUAUGCAGAAUAAAGUUAAAAACUUGACCCUGCCCUGCAACUUGACUGAAAAACUUAAGUUAUCCCAAGGUGCAGAAAAACUCACUACAAGUUCUGUAUAGGUCAAGGAACCACAAUUACUGGGUCAAAGCUGACUAUUUGGAAGUGUUUUUUUUCUUUUUGUAAGAAUAUCACACUUAUGUAAAGGGCUGUUUGUUAUUCCUCUCCGUAUCUGCUCAUUCUUACAGAAUCUCCUUCUGAUUGCUCUUUCAAAAAUAUCUUUUCAGACAUGCACUGGAUGAGGACUUGAGAAAUAUUCAGUAAGAUAUAGGUGAUAUAUGCAGAUUGCUGGUGUUAACCCUGCAUGGAUGCUUUUGAUGGACGUGUAAGCCAGGGGCUCAUGCAGUUCCUUUAAGAUGGAUGCUUGGGGGGGGGGGAGAUGGACCCUGCCAGCCAAAGAAUUACUUUAAUAAAGUGAAAUGUUUAAAAGUUAUAACAGACUUGGAGUUUUCUCUUUCCCUGAAAGACUGAGUUGUCG